UUUACAAAUGCGUGAUGCAGCUGAUGAGAUAGAACAAGCUGCUCAUUUAUUAUAUAUUAUGUCAAAGACAUAUUACGAUGUUAGUAACCAAUAUAUGAUAGGGCAAGUUGCAGGAAUUUCUCGACUUGCGCUUAUUCAAACAGAUAGUGAACGACAGACUUAUAUGGCACAGCUUGCUCAAGAUACAUUAUCAACAUCGGCAAAAGUUUCUCGAAUGGUUCUAGAAAGAAAACAAAAUUACGAACAACGAAAUCAAGCAAGACAAUAUCAACUUAAACAAUUCAUUCAACAAAGUAGUUUAGAAGGAUUAGAAUCAAACAUUGGGAAAUAA